ACAUUCAAACACUGGAUGAUAUAGUUGCAGGAAAUGAUGAGAAAUUAUCUUCAAUACUCGAAGAUGCUUUAUCUAAACAACAAGAUAUUUCAUUCAUAGCCAUUGAGAAUGAAGGAUUAACAAAAUAA